AUGAUUAUACUGGCAUCUAUACGAUCAAGUCCAGUUUUCCACGAUGUGGUUCUAAAUAAGUUCCGAAUAGCACCUAAUGGAGAAAUAUACGAAAGGGAUAUCAAAGAUAUGUUUGCUAUGUUGAUAAUCCAUCUUGAUUUGAAAUCCAUAAAGUCUAAAAGGUUUGUUUCACUUACCAAGACGUUUCCAUACUGUUUUGAUUGUAAUACUGCUGUCAAAAAGAUGAAAGAUAUGAGUAUAUCUAUUGAAGUAUCAAAAAUUGUAACCCGUAUUUCAUACAAGCUACAUCCAGAAGUUUCCUUAUCACUUCUAUCGAAAUUUUACAGGUCGAAAUUUUUACACUCGCCUGUUGAACGGACUGCAAGUGAAUUAACUGGAAAUAUGGUAUUUCAACCCACACCAAAGGGAUUGGCGAUUGUACAGGCAUUUUGUGAAAGAAAUGGUAUGAAGAAGUGUAACCUUCCAGAAAUUUUGAAUAGUAAUUUCAACAGCAUGGAGUUAUUUUGCUUUGAAAGAGAUUGGGAGUCUGAUAAGGUUCUAUAUUCUAAAUAUCUUCUUCAUUUGUUGUUUUCAAGUCUAAUGGGACCCAAACCUAACGUUUGGAGCCUGUCAAAUGAACAAGAUCCACUUCCAAGUAGUCAAGCAGAAGAUCAUAGAUUAAGUACAGAAUUCCAAACUGCAAAGAGUUUUCAAGAGGUGGAAGGAUUCAGUUUUGUUCAAUUUCGAUCAGCUCCCUCUAUGAGCCCAGGCCAACUUUCACCACAACCAAACAGUUGGUCAAAAACAAGUAAAAAUGAGGUGAGCCCCUUUCAUCAUCGUUACUUUACUAAUCCUGAAUCGGAUGCACAUAUUCAGUAUUAUGUAUCGUCAGUUGGUGUUAGACUAUUUAAAGAUAAAACUUUCCAUUUACCAAAAGAGAAAAAAUUGGUUGUUGAUUAUAGUAUGAGUGGUAAAGCAAUCUGUCAGUGGCUCUUGGAUUGUACUGAUGUAUUAAACAUAAGGCAGGCAAAGGAUAUUGCUGAUUCGAUUUUAAAGAAUAAGCUAAUCAAGCAAAUAGCACCAGAUCAACUGUCGGGUGGGCAUUUUUCUAGUACCAGAAACCUGUAUUAUACCAUAACAGAACUGGGACUUCUGGUAAGUCAAUGGGAUAAAUGCCCCAAGGCUCAUUUUGAGUUCCUAACUGGUAAACAUUCUGGCAAACAACUCACUCUAGAAGACAUCUUAAAGGAUCCGGGAAUGAGAUUGCAAUUUAGAAUGCAUCUUAAUCGAGAGUAUUGUUUGGAAAAUCUUGAGGCGUAUAUGCAUUUAAAAUAUUUUGAUAAGAUCUUGAAUAACUAUAAGAAGCUAUUGAAAUAUGUGCAUGAAAGAAGUUUUAGAGAUGAGAUGGUGGCUCAAAAAAUAGACAGGCGAUUGCAACAGCUUAAAAGAACAUGUUCCACUUUGGCAUAUCAGAUAUUUAUAACAUAUUUGAGCGAUGGAGCUCCUUCCGUUGUUAAUAUUGCUUAUAAAUUAAAAGCCAGCAUUUCAGACAUCUUUAUUAGUACGACUCAGAGUAAUAUUUCGGAACUCUUAUUGAAUGAACCGAACCAAACAGACACUGAGGAGGAUAUACCGACGAGCGAUAUAAGCUCCUUCGUUCAACUUCAUGACGAAUCGAUCAAACUUUUAUCAGAUGUUUCUGUCUUGUUCUCUCAAGUCAGUAACCAUCUUUAUCGAUUGAUGGAAGUUGAUUCAAUGCCCAGGUUCUUGAAGGGACUUUCAAAUAGAAACCACUAG